AUGAGCUGUGGCCGUCCCAGCGGCGGCGUCUCUGCGACGGCGGCCUCGACAGCCGCGCAGCAGCAGCUGCGUCACGCUGCGUUCGCUGGCGAUGCCGCAACAUGUCGCAGGCUACUCGCCGGCGCGCAAUGCGUGCGGUUUUCGCGCGACCAACGCGGUCGCUCUGCCCUUCACUUGGCGGCGGCCGCGGGUCGCGCCACCGUGGUGCGACUCCUGCUGGCAGUGGCGGCGCCCGGAGAAGCAGACGCGCCAGACGGAGACGGCUGCGCUCCGUUGCAGACCGCCGCAGCGGACGGACACGAGGAGGUCGUGCGACUUUUGUUGGCCAGGGGAGCGGACGUCGACGGGUGCGAUAGCGUGCACAACAAUACUGCACUUCACGAGGCUGCUUGGAAAGGCUACAGUCGAACGGUGAGGCUACUGGCCGCUGCUGGGGCUAACCUGACCAAAGCCAAUGCUGGGGGCUUUACGGCCCUGCACCUCUGUUGUCAGAAUGGACAUAACCAAUAUGGUCACGCGGGCGUGACGCGCAUCCUGAUAUCCGGUCAGUGCCGAGUGUCCGAACAGAAUAAAAACGGCGAUACGGCCCUGCACAUCGCCGCUGCGAUGGGCCGGCGCAAGCUUACUAGGAUAUUGCUCGAGGCCGGGUGUGAUAAGUGCGUGCGCAACAAACAGGGUGAGACUGCGCGGGACAUUGCGUUGCGCAAAGAGUUGACUGAAAUUGUGGAUAUUGUGGAUGAGUGUGUGGCUAGGCGAGAGAAGAAGGCUAACAAGCAGAAGAAGAGGUCCAAGAGUAAGGUGCGCUUUGAGAGCAAGCAUGGAAAGUACAGUCUGUGCUGUGAUACUGCAGUGCUGGGCAGUACGGCGUCAGAGUGUCGUGCAAAUGCGCUUCUCAAGGUCAUUGAUCUGCCCGGCAUCCACUGUCUAUUGUUCCUGGACACUGUGCUCAUAGAAACGCGGUUGAUGGACUGA